UCAGCGCAGUCCAGAUGAAUGCGUAAGUUUCCGUUUUUGGUUCUAACGGAGAAAGAAAGCUCGAGACUCGAGACAGCAUGCCGAGGGUCCAGAACAAAAAUGGCGUUCUGCAUCUUGGCGGUGGCACUAUCAUUUUCUGUGAGCGGAUGACGUAAAAUAAAGCCAACACUUAUUCAAUUUCCUUGUCGUUAUCCAAUGGCAGCAUCUCCGAAAUUUUCACUUCCUUGACACAAUGUUGGAAUCAUAGCAGAUAUCCCGACUUUUGUUUCACCGGUUAUUUCUUUGUUCUUCUUCUCUGCGCCUCACGCACUUCUCUGAUUUGCACGAAUACACAAGGAAGGAUUCGCAGAGUACCACAGCCGCCAUGGCUCCACAGAGGCGGCGCCACCACUGUUAUCACCGUCUCCGCCGUCUCAUUCCGGUCAUAUCCGCAAUUUCCGGCUCCCUUCUUAUCUUCUUCGCUCUCCUAUCCCUUCUCGCUCCUUCUCCUAUCGAUUCCGAUCGUCUUCAACAUACUCGCCGCCACGACCCUGUUAACGCUGGUGUUGAUGAUGCAAUUGGAGUUUCAGUUUUCCGUGUGCCGAGAGGUGGAGGGAGAUCAGAUCGUGAUAUUUGGAGUUCACCGAAUGCCAAAUUUUUUUAUGGAUGUAGUAAUGCGAGCAGCAAGUUUGAAAAGGCAGAAGUGGUCACACAUCCCAAACGAUACUUGGCGAUUGCCACCAGUGGAGGCUUGAAUCAACAACGAACUGGAAUUACAGAUUCUGUUGUUGCUGCCCGUAUUCUGAAUGCUACUCUGGUUGUGCCAAAGCUGGACCAGAAGUCAUUUUGGAAAGAUGUUAGUAACUUUUCGGAGAUUUUUGAUGUUGAUUGGUUUAUAUCAUUUUUGUCAAAAGAUGUUAAAAUAAUAAAGCAACUCCCAAAAAGGGGAGGGAAAACUUGGAGUCCAUAUACCAUGCGUGUACCAAGGAAGUGUAAUGAAAGAUGUUAUGUUAAUCGUUUAUUGCCUGUUCUUCAGAAAAAGCAUGUAAGUUCUCUGUUUCUAUAAACCCUUUUUGACUACUAUUAUAUCUUUAAGCUUCCUGUUGUUCUUGUCUGAAUUGAACUUCUAAUUUUUUUUUGAGAGGAAAAAAGAAGUAUUAUUAGCAAUUCAUCAAGGGGGUGCCACCCAAGUAGAAAAGAAGCAUUAAAAGUUUACGCUAGAAACCAAGAUAUCAAUUAGCUUGCCCACAUCCUAUUCAUAGCUAAGAGGUUGACCAUUAAACCAAAAACUCAUGGUGUAAAAUCAAUAACAUCUAAUGCUAUCAAAAGGAGACAUUAUGCAUAAGUAAUCAUCUUAGCCAGAUGAAUGAUGGAAACAAGCUUUUCUAGGACUUGCACACUCUAAUAACUUUCCAAGCCCAUAACUCCUUUUCAAUUGAGCAACUAGCUACUCAAGAAAGGUUUAGUGAGGAUAAAGAUCAAUCCCAUAGUUUUGUAGCCAUAAUGCACCAAAGAAGGAGAUGGUUAGACGAUUCUCUAUCAUGCAAGCACAUAGAUACCCAUUAACGAUGACCUUUCAUCCUUUCCUCAAAUUGUCUAAUGUAAGAAUUUUCUCCUACGGAUCCUCCCAAGCAAAAAAAAGCCAUAAAGGGAGAGGCUUUUCUCUUCUAAAUCUACUUCCACAUGAAUCUAGAGACAACAACACUUUGUACUUUGAGAAACAAGGUUGAGGUAAAAGCCUCUGACAUAGAACAACCUACUCUUCUAGGGAGGCCACGUAGGGCAAUCUCUACCAGCAAGGUCAAACCGAUUCCAGUCAAGAAAGUUCAGUGGGGAAAUCAUAUAAUCAAUCUCUCAAUUAUUACAAUUUUGCAACAGCUUGAUAUCCUACAAAAAAAGUAGAGUGGCCACUGUUGACCAGAAUGUCCGUAAUCAAAGCAUCCUUAUCCUUAGCAAUCACAAAAAUAUUAGAAAAUCUAUCCUUGGGAAGACUAACCAUUAGUCUAGCAAAAAACUCAAGUUCUAACCGGUUGCCAAGUUUAAAAACAAGAAACCAAAGGUGUUUCACUCCUUAUUAAUUCACUCCCAAAGAUUAAUGCCAUAACAGUGACCUAUCUUGGCCAUCUUUCAACCUCUUCUUUCCAGCCUAUAGUUUGCAAAAAUUACCACUCUCUCUAAACAUUUGCUAGAAGACAUGUACUUCCAUAACACUUUGCUAGAAUGGCCUUUUUCAUGACAAUCAAAAAUCUAAUGCCAAGAGCCCCUAAAGUCAGAGGUCUUUUCACAUAAUCUCAUGCCACAAGAUGAUACUGCUUCAUCUCUUCAGAACUUCCCCAGAGGAACCUGCACUGUAGAAAUUUCCAACCUCUUGACAAUGCUUACAGGAAUAAGAAAUAACAGAAGGGAAUAGAUAAGCAACUUAGAAAGCUUACUUAUAAUUUUUUUUAAAAGCAUUUUUUUCAGAAGAGAGAGCAACUUUUAGUUAGAGGAAGUCUACCAUCCUUAGAAAGACAUAUCUUCUUCUGGCCAAGCAAUCUCUUUCUCAUCUUGCUAAUGAUAGGGUCCCUGGUAGCAAUAUCCUUGAAUUGGUGUGCAAAGGGAGAUCAAGGUAUUUAAGAAGGAGAGAGAAAGCUUGACGUCCCAAAAUGUUAUUGAAGGCCUUCACUGUAACACUUGCACCAAAGAGGACUAAGUCUAAUUUGUCCAGGUUAGUAUGAAGUAUAGAGAUAGCUUUAAAUAGUGAAAGUAUGUCUAAUAGUCAUAAGGAAUUUAGUGUCAGACCUGCAAGAAAGAAGAAUGUCAUUACCAAAAAGAAGGUGGCUGAUCUCCUUCCUAGACUCCCAAAACCAGCACUUGAUCCUUUGAUGAGAUUGCAAGCUCUAGCUUGAAUAAACAUCCUGUGGAGAGCCUUCAUGACUAGAAUGUAGAGAAAAGUAAUGAUGGAGGAUCCAUUUUUACCUGAGGCUUCUAGAGGAGUGGAAGAAAUCAAUAGGCUGCUCAUUCACAAAAUUGUAAAAGGAGUAGAGAUACUUCUGAUCCACAUGCACCAGUUGGGACCAAAACCCAUUCUCUUAAGUAAGUAUAAUAGGAAAGACCAAUCAACACGGUCCUUGGCUUUCUUAAUAUCCAGCUUACACAGAAGACUCUCUCCCCAUAUUUGAUCAUGCAAUCCAUCAGCAUAAAAAAUUUGGCAACCCUUCACCAAAUGCAUUUUGGUCUUCCCUUGCUACCACCAUAUGAUCACCUUGCUUAGUCUCUUGGGAAGAACCUUAGGAAGGAUAAGUUUGUGAAUACAACCCAUCAAGCUCAUGGGCCUAUAAUCCUUGAUAUAUGCUGCCCUCUCAGCCUUGGGAGAUGAGGAUAAUGAACGUAGAAUUAAGAGAAGUAACAACCUUAAUGGUGUCAAUGACUUCAUUUCUUCUUCAAGAAAGCCAUAGAAAAGUUAUAUGGGCCACCUUCACAACUGAGCAACACCACAUGAACCUCCUCUUAUGAGAAAAGCACUCUAAAUCAACAUCCUUCGUGAAGCACAAUCAUUUUGAACUCUAAAGUCUAUCCAAAUUCAAUCUCCAGGGUUCUUCCUUUGAGUACAAGUUGCUAUAGAAGGCCUUGAUUGCAUCUCUUAAGUCGUUCUCAAUUUCAAUUUCUAUCUAUCCAGAUGAAGCUUAUUUACGAAGUUGGUCCUCUUGUGAUAGUUGGCCAUCCUGUAGAAAAGUUUAGUAUUUUGGUCCCUUGUGCCAACUCUAAUUUAGCAAGUUGCCUUCUCUUCCUUUUACUUUCCAAUAGCCCCAAAGAACAGGAUUUCUGUCAAGCUCCUUAGUCUCACGAGUAAACUGCUUUCCUCAACCAGCUUCCUUACCCUUAUCCUCCCUAUAAGUCUUCAAUUUCUAGCCACUUUGAAGCUAGUGAAGCCAUCAGGAUUAGUCUCUUCCCUUGUUCCUAUAUCACAUCACCGAACCUCUUCUUUAAGCCACUUGUUCUCUAAAUCAAUGAUGUGGACCCUCAUUUAUUUAUACCAUGAAUAUUAAGACAGAUAGGAAAAUGGUCUAAAAUAACAUGAGCCAUGGUCUUUUGGACUAAAUUUGGCACCCAUUCUUCAAAUUUGGAGUUUAACAUGAAUCUAUCAAUUAUUCAGAAAGUUGAAUUCUCUGAGUUUGGACCAAGUUUUUUUACCGCCUAGUAAAUGCAGGUCGGUGAGGUCUAAAUUGUUCAAAGAAUCCCUAAUUCUCUAAUACAGGUGAAGGAAAUGUUCCCAAAGGAUCUCUUAGACAAAACAAGAACCAUAUCAAAGUCACCACUAAUAAGCUAGGGUAGGUUGCGAACCUAUACCAUCAUCUCAAAUCCUCCCUCAAGAACUUCCUCUCUAGCCCUUCGCCCCUCCCAUAUGCGUCGAUGAAAAUCCAUGAGGUAAAGAGACCUUUUUCCUAAAUUCACAAGAAAUAGACACAGUCCCUCUUGCAUAGUUCAUCAUAUUAAGGAUACAAAUAUCCCACAUCAGUGGGAUACCAACUGAUGAGCCCAUAGCUGGCAGGUUACACUAAUCAACAUCCCUGCCAGCCGAAACACUUGUAACCAGAUUAGUGCUCAUGUCCUCAAUCUUUGACCCACUGUGGCCCCCGUGACAUUCAAGCUUCUCUGUUCUCCCAUUUGACCCGUCUUUCUUCUUGAAUAUUGAUUCUUCAUCGCAAUACAACAAAGAUCCCUUUAUUUUUCCUAGCUCAAUGGCUCUAGCAGUUUGAAAGCCUUCUCCUUGAAUCCCUCAAAUCCACGUCGACCAUCUUAUG